UGCUGCUCUAGCCGCCGUGGCUCUAUGGGGCAGCGGCUGCAUUGUUUUGAUCGGGGGGCUCGUUCGGCCAGGUCUGGCUAACCUUUACUAUCACACGUAACUCUAAGACUAUCCGGCACCUACAGAAACCGGGUCGGAUACAGACGAAUCCGCGGCCUCCGUCCGUUGGUUUUCACCGGAAGUCAUAUUUGGUAGUUCACUUCAGUCACACCCCUGAAUGGAAGCUGAAUAACUGGAGCAGGAGGUGAACGCGAUGAACCACCUGGUAGAAUAGAAAACCAGCCGUGCUUGUGAUACUUGAGGACCUGAUUGAAAACCACUCCAGAGUAUUAGUGCAUACCUCCACCUCUCCAGUCUCUACUCAACCUGCACGGUACUCUCGCUACAGAUCACAAUGUCAUCAGCAAACAUCAUAGUCCACAGAGACUCCUGCCUGAUCUCGUCCAUCAACCUGUUCAUCACCAUUGCAAACAAGAAAGGGCUCAGAACCGAUCCUUGAUCCCUCCCCUACAGGUCAAGGAACAUGAAUGACCAGACAGGCUCACCUGGAGCCAACACUGACAACAGCAGCCAGAGGAAUGGAGAAGAGAAGCCCCGUCGUGGCAGCUGGACCAAGGGGAGGAAGAGGAAGAAGCCGGUGAAGGACAGCAAUGCACCCAAAGCUCCACUGACGGGCUAUGUGCGCUUCAUGAACGACAGACGAGAGCAGCUACGUGCCGAACGGCCAGACGUUCCCUUCCCAGAAAUCACCAGGAUGCUCGGCAAUGAGUGGAGCAAACUACCUGCAGAGGAAAAGCAGCGUUACUUGGACGAGGCAGAGCGGGAUAAGGAGCGCUACAUGCGUGAGCUUGAGAAGUACCAGAAGACGGAGGCCUACAAACAUUUCACCCGCAAGGUCCAGGAGAAGCAGAAGGCCAAGAGGCACAGGGCAGAUGGCGGGCACCAGGUAGCCAAUGAGGCUCUGCAUGAGAAGGGAACAGAGGGGAAGGAAAGAUCUGUCUUUGACAUUCCCAUCUUCACGGAGGAGUUUCUCAACCACAGCAAAGCCCGCGAAGCCGAGAUGCGACAGCUGAGGAAGACCAACAUGGAGUAUGAGGAGCGAAACGCAGCACUGCAGAAGCACGUGGAGAGCAUGCGUGGCGCGGUGGAGCGUCUGGAGGCCGACAUCAUGCAGGAGAGAGGACGCAACAUCCUACUCCACCAGCACCUGGAGACCCUGCGGCAGGCCCUCACCUCCAGCUUCUCCUCCGUCCCGCUGCCCGGUAGCGGCGAGACGGCCACCCCGGACACCGUAGACUCCUACAUGAAGAAGCUGCACAGCAUCAUCCUCAGCAACCCCCAGGAACACGAGACCCUCAUCUGCACCGUGCGAGACGUGGUCAACCGCCUGGACAGAUAAUUGGACCAGCUCCCACUGACUGAUGCUGGAGACUCAGAGGACCACAGUAAUGGCUUCCUGUAGGCUGCUGUCUCUCACGGGCACCACUUCCUCCGGUCAACCCGUCUCUUCCUUGUCCAUUUCAGAACAUGUUGUAUGAUUCUGGUCAGGUAAUAGGGUGAUAGAGCAUUUAUUUAUUGUUUUUUACUUUUAUUUUCACACAUGUCAUGUCUUGAAGCUAGCUGUAGUCUGCUGGUUUACAAAGCAAACGGAUGUCAAGACUUUACAGGAUGUUUCUGUCGUGUCUCUUCACGUUGGGUUUGUGUUACGUUUGCUGUGAUGUCAGGUGGUUUCACAGCAGCACGUAAGCCGGUCUCAUGUUCCGUGUCAGAUCUGAACGCCUGUGGCCGUGUUCACACGUAGCAUCUUCUUUAAAGCUGCCAGCGUCUGUUUUAAAUCAUGAUCCUAUGGAGUAGACCAUGUUUGCCAAAACGUGAUGAGCGUUUUUUUUAAAUGCCGUCGGCGGCGUCUUUUUCUGCAGCUGGGGGCGUUGUUUUAGUUGAGAAAAGUUCAGCUUCUUGGGAAAAAAUGCCUGACGCCAAGCGCUUUGACAGCUGACUGAUCACAAGCAGUGUAAAAAGACCAGCCGUUUCCCAUAACAACCAUACCAACGUGAACCGCAGCUCAUCCAAACGGAGCUCCCGCACUAAGUUAUGGUAAGCACCAUACUGCCCCCGCCCCCCCGUACAAUGUCAUGCACCCACAGACGUCGAGGAAACUGACAUCCUCCUCUCUCUCAGCGUUAGAGGCCAGAGCGAGAGGCGGUUGUCUCUUCCUCCACAUUUUGUAUCGCGAAAACGUUUAAGCUGUCGUUAUGGCAACAGAAGAUGCUCUCGGCUGCUUUUUUGGAACAAACGCUGGCCAGAGCAUUUGUUCUACCUGAGAAAACGCUGUGGCCAGCGUCUGUCAUCAAAGGGACACUGGGUGUGACCACGGCCUGACUGUUUCACCAUGCUCCCUCAUGAUUCCUGGGUGUUUCUGCCAUGGAGACACUUCAUUUGGGGAAAAGCUGUUGUGCCAUUUCUCUUUUUUCUUAUUUGUGAUAAAGUGUGUGUGUUUUCAAUAAACCCAUUUCCACUGAACAACACGAGCCUUCAGCAUGGCGUGAAGCGUGCGGCAAUGGUCACUUUACUCAGACAUGGCAGUGUGAGUAUGUUGCUGUGAUGUCACACAGGGCCGUGUGGGAGGAGGCCAGGGGUUUAUGGGCCGCAACACAACUUCAUGUGUGUAAUGGAACAACUGUCUGUGGUGGGACGGGACAUAAGAACCAAACAUGUUGUACUGGCGCUGGAGUGUGAUGGCUGCUGCUUUACAGAACCUCUUCCUGUACAUCAGAGAGAGGCGUCAUGUUUCACGGGCCUGUUCUGACCCACUCACACAACAGCUCUGCAAGCUCUGUAGGGUCAGCUUUACCCAUGCAUCGCCACCGGCGCCGACUGUACAGAGAAAAUUUUUUCCCCCUUUUUUCUCCCCAAUUGUACCCGGCCAAUUACCCCACUCUUCCAAGCCAUCCCGGUCGCUGCUCCACCCCCUCUGCCGAUCCCGGGAGGGCUGCAGACUACCACAUGCCUCCUCCCAUACAUGUGGAGUCACCAGCCGCUUCUUUUCACCUGACAGUGAGGAGUUUCACCAGGGGGACAUAGCGCGUGGGAGGAUCACGCUAUUCCCCCAGUUCUCCUUCCUCCCUGAACAGAUGCGCUGACCGACCAGAGGAGGUCCUAGUGCAGCGACCAGGACACAUACCCACAUCUGGCUCCCCACCUGCAGACACGGCCAAUUAUGUCUGUAGGGACACCCGACCAAGCCGGAGGUAAUACGGGGAUUCGAACCGACAAUCUCCAAGUUGGUAGGCAGUGGAAUAGACCGCCAUGCCACCCGGACACCCCCCUGUGGUUGCUGUUCAUCAGAGAGAGAGACAUCAUAUUUCAUGGGCCUGUCAGCUUGUUCCGACCCACUCACAGAACAGCUGUGUAGGCUCUGUAGGGUCAGCUUUACCCAUAUACCAUGAUUGGCGCCGACUGUAAGAACAUUUUAAUUCUGGUAUGUCAAAAAAUAAAAUGUGACCUUAAUGAUAA